GCAGCAGAGACGCCCCCAUGCAGAAUACUGGGGAAGGCAGCCAAGCCAAGCUUCUCUCAGCUGGGAGACAUCAACAUUGGUGGAGUUUUCUCCCUCCACAACAGUCCCUCAGAAAGAACCAUCCAAUUUCAAUCUAUGCCAGAGCCUCUGCAGUGUUCACGAAUCAAUGUUAGGGAAUUCUGGGUGGCCCAGACCAUGAUCUUUGCCAUUGAAGAAAUAAACAACAGAACUGACAUCCUGCCAGGUAUAUCUCUGGGCUAUAAGAUCUAUGACUCCUGUACCACUACAAUGUUAACAGCAGCAUCAGCCAUGGCUCUGAUGAACGGCUAUGAGGAAAUGCUGACAGAUACAUCGUGCUCCAUACCAGCAGCAGUGCAGGCCAUCAUUGGAGAAUCUGACUCUACAGACAGCAUUGCACUUGCAGAAAGUGUGGGAUUGUUUCAAAUUCCAGUGAUCAGUCACUUUGCUACAUGUGCAUGCCUGAGUAAUAGGAAAAGGUUCCCCUCAUUCUUCAGAACCAUUCCCAGUGACUAUUACCAGAGCAGAGCACUGGCUCAGCUGGUGAAGCACUUUGGCUGGACCUGGGUAGGAGCAGUGAGAAGUGACAGUGACUAUGGGAACAAUGGAAUGGCCACCUUUAUUGAAGCUGCCCAACAGGAAGGGAUCUGCAUUGAGUAUUCAGAGAAAUUCCACAGAGCAGAAACAGACAAAUUACUGAAGGUUGUUGAUGUUAUCAAAAGAGGUACGGCAAAAGUGGUGAUUGCAUUUCUUGGGUUUGGAGAGAUGAUCAAUUUACUGGAACAGCUAACCAUUCACAACAUUACUGGUCUUCAAAUGAUAGGCAGUGAGGCCUGGAUAACUGCAAGCAAUCUAGUGACACCAACCAGUUACAGAAUACUGGGCGGCUCUAUCGGCUUUGCUGUCAGCAAAGUUGAAAUUAAUGGCUUGAAAGAGUUCCUGUUUAAAAUUCACCCAUCACAAAAUCCAGAAAAUACCGAUGUUGUAGAUCUCUGGGAAACUCUUUUUCAAUGUUCUCUAACAAAUGGAAACAAUUCACCUUACAAGACCCCCUGCACUGGAUCUGAAAGCUUGAGUGAACUGAAAAACCAAUACACUGAUAUAUCAGAGCUGAGAGUAUCUAACAACGUUUACAAAGCAGUUUACGCCAUUGCGCAUUCCCUGCAUGACCUGCUGGCUUGUACAGCUCAUCAAAGCUGUGUAAAGAGCCUGAACACAGGGCCCUGGCAGGUGCUUCAGGCAUUGAAAAAUGUGAACUUUACUUUAGGAACUGGAGAGCAGGUCUCCUUUGAUAGUAAUGGAGAUCCAGCAGCCAAAUAUGAGGUGGUGAACUGGCAGCUUGGUCCUGAUGGUGCAGUACAGUUCAAAGCAGUUGGCUACUAUGAUGCUUCCUUACCGGCUGGUCAGCAGGUUGUAUUGAGUCCUGAUAGUAUGGUUUGGGCAGGAGGCCUACAACAGAAACCCAGGUCAGUGUGCAGUGAGAGCUGUCCCCCAGGCACUCGCAAAGCCAUGCAGAGAGGGAGGCCCGUCUGCUGCUAUGACUGUGUGCCCUGUGCUGAGGGAGAAAUCAGCAAUACCACAGAUACUAAUGACUGUAUUCAGUGUCCGGAAGAAUAUUGGUCUAAUGCAAAAAGAGAUCAAUGUGUAUUAAAGGUUGUUGAAUUCCUGUCAUAUGAAGAAGUCAUGGGAAUAGUGCUUGUCAUUUUUUCAUUAUUUGGAGCAUGUGUGACUAUACUUGUGGCUGUGCUGUUCUUCAAACAAAAGGACACUCCCAUUGUGAAAGCCAACAACUCUGAGCUCAGUUUCCUGCUGCUCUUUUCAUUGAAACUGUGUUUCCUUUGCUCUCUCACCUUCAUCGGACGGCCUUUGGAUUGGUCCUGUAUGCUGCGCCACACAGCGUUUGGGAUCACCUUUGUCCUCUGCAUCUCUUGUGUUCUGGGGAAAACAAUAGUGGUCUUAAUGGCCUUCAGGGCUACACUUCCAGGCAGUAAUGUCAUGAAGUGGUUUGGGCCUCCGCAACAACGAUUGAGCGUACUUGCCUUCACUCUCAUUCAGGUCAUUAUUUGUAUACUUUGGUUAACAAUAUCCCCUCCUUUCCCCAAUAUGAACAUGAAGCACUACAAAGAAAAGAUCAUUCUGGAGUGUGAUGUAGGAUCAGCAGUGGGGUUCUGGGCUGUGCUGGGUUAUAUUGGUCUCCUCUCUGCCUUGUGCUUUGUGCUGGCUUUUCUGGCUCGUAAGCUGCCUGAUAACUUCAAUGAAGCCAAAUUCAUCACAUUCAGCAUGCUCAUAUUCUGUGCAGUAUGGAUCACCUUUAUACCAGCUUAUGUCAGCUCACCUGGAAAGUUCACUGUAGCUGUGGAAAUAUUUGCCAUUUUAGCUUCAAGUUUUGGUUUACUAUUCUGUAUUUUUCUUCCAAAAUGUUAUAUAAUAUUAUUCAGACCAGAACAAAAUACAAGAAAACAUGUAAUGGGUAAAACGCAUGCCAAGUCUCAAUGA